AUGAACAUCUCUUUCUCUCUUUUCACCAGAGAGACUGGAAACCUGUCACAAAAAAUAUUAUACUACAAUACAUCAACUCUCCAAAAUUCUUACUUCUCUCCAUUGAGGAAAACCUGCUUUGUUAUUCAUGGAUAUGAAAGCACUGGAAAAUAUGGCUGGGUUGUGGACCUGUGUUUGGUGCUUCUGGGUGUGGAAGACAUAAACUGUAUUGCUGUGGAUUGGGAAGAUGGAGCUAAAUGCACAUACUUUAUUGCUGCAAGCAACAUUCGUGUUUUAGGGGCUGUAACAGCUUAUCUUAUACAUAAUUUCAUGAAAAUGUAUCAGUACUCCCCCUCCCAGAUCCACCUCAUUGGCCAUAGUCUUGGCGCUCAUACUGCUGGAGAAGCAGGGAGACGACUGCGAGGCAUUGGCGAAAAAUUUCGAGGCAUUGGCAGAAUAACUGGCUUGGACCCAGCUGGACUUGGUUUUGAAGGUUUCCCUGAUUUGGUCAGACUGGAUCCAUCUGAUGCUGAAUUUGUGGACGUCAUACAUACCAAUGCUGGCCAGUUUCCCAGAAUAGGAUUUGGGAUGCUUAAUGCCACUGGUGAUCUCGACUUUUACCCCAAUGGUGGAAAAGUUAUGGUUGGAUGCGACGAUAUAGGGACAGCACUGAUACAACAAGACGACGAAGUCUUUCCUCAAGAGGAUCAUAAGGUAGGUAAUUGCCAUCACUCACGAAGCCAUGAGUACUACAAGUACAGCAUUCUCUAUCCUGAUGGAUUCCUUGCCUAUCCGUGUGAAUCAUAUGAAUCCUUCCAAAAGGGAAAUUGUUUUCCAUGCCCCAGAGAAGGCUGCCCAAUGAUGGGUCACUAUGCUGAUCGGUUCCGUGAUAAGCUGAAGAAGAAUAACCCCAAAUACUAUUUAAACACGGGAGCUAAGGAACCAUUUACCAGUUGGAGGUAUAAUAUAUCUGUCAAACUAUCUGGAACAAGAGAGGUGAGAGGAGAAAUAGAUAUCAUUUUUGGCAGCAAAGAUGGAGGCACAAAGGAGUACGAAAUUGUGAGUGGAAGCCUUAACCAAGAAAAUAUCUACUCAAAGCUCAUUGAUGCUGAAAUUAAUCCUCCAAACGCUACAACAGUUUGGUUUAUUUGGCAUAAAAAGAUAUUAACUUUACUUUGGUCUAAAUUGGGAGCAGAAAGAGUGACUCUAAUGCGUGGACAGGAUGGGCACAAGUAUGCCCUUUGUGGCAAUGGGUUGGUAAACGAUGGAGUUCUUCAAACACUUACACCUUGUUGA